AUGAAGAAAAUGAAAACUGAUGAUGAAGAAACAAUGCAAGAUAAUCAAGAUGAAAAUGAUCAAACAAAUACAUCAAAAAUCACUAUUAAAGAAGAUGUCAUUGAUGAUGAUGUACCAGCAUUGGGUAUAUCUAAAGAAGAAAUGAAUAAUGAUGAUGAACAAGAAGUACCAGGCAAUGAUGAAGAUAACAUUGAUGAACCACCAAGUAAAAAAGCAAAGAAAAUCAAUACGAAAACUACUCUUAUGGAUAAUAUGACAUACAAUGAACGAUUUGGUAAUGUCUGUAAACACGCUGAUUAUAUACGUGACUAUACAGCUGAUCUUGAUAAUAAUUUAUGGUGUCGUUUAACAAUGGUAUUUCCUGCUACUCAACCUCGUAUUGAUCUUGAAACAUUAAUUCGUAGUGAAGCAUCUCGAACAUCGAUAACAUCAAUUGUUGGUAUUCAAAAUUGUUUUAUAAGAGAAAAUAAAGAAUAUCGGUCAAAAAUAAAAACUGAUUCUAAUGAUAUUGAAUAUAUUCUUUCAGCUGAAGGUGAAAAUAUAAAUGCAUUAAUGACAUAUUAUCAAAUAUUUAAUUUACGUCGAAUAUAUACAAAUAAUAUUCAUCGUAUGGUACAAAUAUUUGGUAUUGAAGCAGCUAAUCGUACAUUAAUACGUGAAAUAAAUCGAAUAUUUCGUACUUAUGGAAUUAAUUGA